AUGGAGAAAAAAGUAGAGAUAACAUCACAAAAUUUGAUAAAACCUAAAGUUUGUCAUUUUGAAUCCUUCAGUUUUUCAGCUCUAGAUCAACUUGCUCCCCUUCCUCACUAUCCAAUUUUUCUAUACUAUCCAAAUGAUAAUAAAAAAUCAACCAACAUAUCAACAAAAUCCCAACAACUAAAAAAUUCAUUAUCCAAAAUUCUAUCUGAUUUUUAUCCAUUUGCUGGUAGAUUAAUCAAUGAAAACACUUCAAUAAGUUUCAAUAAUCACAAUAAUGAUGAUUUUGGUGUAUUAUUUAUUGAAGCUUUUGCACAUAACUAUAAUCUCCAAUAGGAUAUUCUUCUCUCAGGCAUUAAAACAAACACUUGUGGACACUUUCUCCCAACACUUGAUUCACUAUUGCAAACUCAUUUGUUGAUUGUUCAAGUCACAUUCUUUGAAUGUGGAGGCAUGAUUCUAGGUUGUUGGGUUUCUCAUAAGUUAUCCGACGCUACGUCUAUUUGUAGUUUCAUCAAUAACUGGGCAUCCACUGCUCGAGAAGCAGCAGUGGAUGCCCAGUUAUUGAUGAAACUACAAAUAGACUUAUUACUGACCCCUGAUUUUAAAACAGGGGUCAAAAUCUUCCCACCUACCCAAAAACCCUAUCCAUCACCAUUCACUAACUUCAUUUUUAAUAAACAACAACUCGUUUCGAAGAUCUUCUUGUUUAAUGGACCUAGCAUCGCGAAUCUCAAGACUAAAGCUUUAUCUAAGGAUGUACCUAGCCCUACGCGUGUUGAAGCCGCGUCAGCUCUGAUAUGGAAAUGUGCGACUGUCUCAUCUAAAAGCAGCUCUGGUUUGUUGAUCAUAUCUCCUUCCUAGCGGUACAUGGCGCGAAUCUGGCUUAUAUGGGUUGUUAUUGUAUUGUAUUAUGUUGUUAAUUUAAAUAUGAUGUUUGUUUUGAUUGUUACUUGUUGUUAAACCGAUGAAAAGUCUCGUCUUGUUUGAUUUGAUGUGAUCAUAUUGUUGCCUUUUUUGCUUAAUCAUUUUAUUUUUUACUCAUAAUCUAUAAUCUUAUUGUCCUUUA